AUGCCUAACAUUAUCCUGAUCCUUCGCGGCGUCCAGGCGCUCCUGGCCGUCGUUGUUCUGGGACUAAUCGCCUACUUUGUCAACUAUAUCCGCCAAAAUACCUUUGGCGGCAGCCUGGACAGCGCCAACUUCAUGCUCUUCGACUGCAUCUGGACCCUCUUCAUCGCCCUUCCAUACCUUGUCUUUGCGCCAAAGUUCUUCCCUGCCCUCGCGCACCAGUAUGCGCUUCUCGGAGUCGAAGGCGCCACAGUCGUCUUCUGGUUUUCGGCCUUUAUCUCCCUCGCUGUUGAUAUCUCUGUCCUUGGAAACUGCACGGUCUGCAGUGUCGUGAAGGCUGCCGCUGCCCUUGGUGCCUUUGAAUGGGCUACUUUCGCUGCUACUUUCGGCCUUAACAUCAUGCCCAUAAUCACCGGUCGAACUAAGGCGGCCACAGAUGGUCAACCUCAGCCUGCGGUCUGA